CCGGCUGUUAGCGAAACUAACGGACAAUGUGCGGACUUCAUCUAAGCAAAUGAAUUGCUUAGAAGACAAGAUGAGUUCGUUUGGAGAAGUGUUGAAGUAAACGAUCAACGAUGUUCCAGCAGAUCUGCCUCUUUCGUUAAGAUCAGUGGAACGACUGACUACAUUUGAUGCUUUCCUCAUCGACGGUGCCCUAAAAGACAAAUUUCUACGAUAUAUGCAAAGAAUUCCCGGCAAAACUCUUUUCGAGUGCACGAGGAGCAUGGAUGAACGCAUGCUCACCUGUCACCUAGCAACACAGAUUAAUUUCACAUUCUGCAGAAAUAUGUCGUCUUUCCGCCAGACUACUAUUCAUUCUUUGAUGCAUGGUGCUCUCCUCAUGCGCUUCGGCACGAGGCCCGCAAAAAUGGCGCAAGUCAUCAAAAACUGGUUGCGCAAUGUGCGCCUAAGGCCACUACACAUGUCGUCAUUGGAACCCUUUCUAUCAGCUAUUUACGCUACACCAACAACUUUAACUAUACUCACAUUUUUUGCAGACAGCCGAUUAACGGACGCUUGAAAUCGUGGAUCAUGAGCCUUAACUCACAGGCAUCUUCGUAGGUUGCAUCUGCUAGUUUUAUAUUUAAUACAGAGUUCCUAUUGCUUA